CCUACGAAUUUGACUCAAACUUCAUAGGAAACGCAGAAAUACUAGUGAAUUUGUUGCUGGUUAGGGGAAUUUAAAAUUACCCUAUAGGAGAAAUUGAAAUUUUAAUUUGUCCUAGGUGGAAUUAAAAUCUCCGAUCUUUCGUACAAAAUUUGCAGGAAAGAGAAAAAUUUUAUUUUCCCCUAGGUGAAAUUAAAAUCCUCGGUUCUUCGUAAGAAAUAUACAGGAAAGAGGAAGAUUUCAAUUUGCCCUAGAGGAGAUUGAAAUUUUAAUUUCUCCUAGGGCAAUUUUAAAUUCCCCUAGAUUUUAAUCUCCCCUCCAACAUAUAUAUGAUCACGUAUCAUCUAUUUAAUUAAAACAUCAAGCGAAAAAUACUUUUCAGAUAAAUCAUUUUUCGAAUUAUUUGUUGAACUGAAAUCGAAAAACAAUUCAACUUUUUUUAGCUGUUAAAAUGAUUCUAGUUACAUUUUUGAACAAACAUUCAUAAAUCGUUUAGCAACAUUUUAAUUUAAAUGAUAAAAUAAACCUAAUAAAACUUCAUCAACAUAUUUAACUUAUUCUAGAUUGUUCGUCUUUGAAAUGUAUAGCCGAUUGUUGCUUAAUUAAUAAAUGUAAACGAUAGAAUAACACAAAAUAAUAUUCAAACUAAAAAUAAGCAAAAUUAACUAUAAGAAAGACUGUUUUUUUUUUGUUUUCAUUCAUCCUAGGUCAAAUACGUACGGCGGAAAACAGUCUGAUCCGGUGAUUUUCCAUCGAAUUCCGGAAGCUGUAUUCCAUACUACGUUUCCGAUGGUUUCCAUUUACAGUAGGAUUCCGAAGUACUUUUUUGAUUGUUUCCUUUUGACGAUCGGAAACGAAGAAAUAUGAAUAGUUUCCGAUCAGAGUUGUGGACGCUAUUUUAUUGACAAAACCUAGAAAUUCAUAAUGCAGAUAGAAAAUGCGUCGUUGACUAAUUUAUUUGUCUACAGAACAUGUCGACAACGUAUCGGUAGACUAAGUGCAUGUCGCUGAACUCUCAUGUUGAAGAAUGAUAUGAAAUUCAUUCCAGGUCCUCAUUUCAUAUUUUUGUGUUUUUUAUGUUAAGAGAUACUUUAUUGGAUCAAAAAAUGUUUGGUCCAUCAAUAAGAAUUUUGUCUGUUUUACCCAUUGCUCUAAAACUCCUGGUUAUGCCGCUGUUGCCACCUCAUGCACCAGCACCAUUCGUUGUCGACUUACCAUCGAUCAAUGCUGUCAACCCUUUCGCAGAUAUGCUUCUGAAACGAGAAUAAAUACAACGUGAGCGAGAACGACUUAAACAAGAUAUUCAAAAAUAUUUAGCAAGUAGCAUAUUUUCAAGAUGUUCAAUAAAUUAAAUUAUCUUGCAUCGUUUUGAUUUUAGAUCUGUCCAAGAAUUGCUUCAUUGGUAUUUCAAUCAAUCGUGCCAUGUCAUCCUUUGAUCUAGCUAUUUGACGAAUUAGCUCCUGUGACAUCUCAUGUCCAAGAAAACGGUGCGUAAACGGCCUCAAACGGCUAUAAAACGUGAAAAAGUGUCACCGUUUUCUAGCGAAAAAAGCGGUCCGUUAAACGAGAUGACGGAUUACGGCGAAAUAAGGUGAGAACUAAUGCCUUAUUAUACCGCUUUAUACCCGUUUCAGGCCUUUUAAGAUGGUCGCUCCGACGGUCGGAAUGAUUGUUCUGGGAUGUGGUAAGAGGAAAGUUUUAUUUUUUUCAUCUUAUUUCUACAAUCAUCAAAAUAUUCAAAAUCAAUGAUUAAGAGAAAGAUUUUGAUUUAAUUUAUUUGUUUAUUUCGAUAGAUGCAUUUCGAGCCAACUGCAGCAAUCGAUAUGGAUUUUGCUAUGAAAAUAGCCAGUUGAACUAUUUAUUACCCAACAAGUUUAUCAAAGGUAGAUACAUUAUCUGAAAUCGAUAAUAAGAAAAGAUUAAUUGAUUUUGUUUUCAUUUUUGUUUCCUAGGCGGCCAAAUCAUUAUAUGUGUAGUUCUGAAGGUGUAAAAUUAAAAGAUAGAACUGCCCCAAAAGAAAAAUCUAGAAUAGUUCACGAUCGAAAAGGAUUAAUCAGUAUGGAUCCCACGAAUAGCUUAAACGAAUUCAUUAUUACAUUAGGCCCCGCUCCAAUGUUAAAUGAUAGUUACUUGGUAUUCGGUGAGAUAAUCAGUGGAAUUAAAAUUUUCGAGUCAAUCAAUCUUCAUGGUGUUCGUGGUAUGACAGAUGCUGAUGGUGGUGGCGAACCAGUCGAUUCAAUUCGUAUUUACUCAUGUAGCGAGAUUUAA